ACGGGAACUCCUAAUGGUUUUUUUUGUUUGUUCUUUGUUUUUUGGGUUUUUUUAAUCUUGCUUAUGAAAUCUUUGUCUCUUUCCAGGUUGCAAAGAUACGGUUCUAUUUAUUUUCGUUGGAGCUUUAUAAUUUUGGUGUUUAUGCUUAGAACUAUGCUUUAUCUCAAAUAAAUUUGAGUGCAUGGUGUGAUAUAAGGGUAAAGACUCAUUUUCCCCCACAUAGCUUUGUCCAGUUCUUGAACCAUUUGUUGAAAAUACUUACGUUUCUUUGUUGAAGCACUUUGCUGAAAACCAAGUUGACUCUGAAUGUGUCAGUUCGCUUCUGAACUUUCUCUAGUUCCACUGACCUCUUUGUUUGCCUUUAUGCCAGUGCCACACUAUCUUGAUUACUAUAGCUUUUUGUGUAUGUGUGGUUAAAAUAUACAGAACAUAAAUUUCAGUUUUAACCAUUUUGAGUGUACAUUUCAGUAUCAUUAAGUACAUUCACAUUUGUUUCUGUAUCACCACCAACAAGCUCCAGAACUUUUUUUUCAUCCCAAACUGAAACUCUGUACCCUUUAAACAGCAGUUCCCCAUUCCCCCUACUGCAGCCCCUGGCAACCAGACUUCUACUCUCUGUCUCUGUGAACUUGACGACUCUAAGUACCGCAUGUAAGUGGAAUCAUACAGUAUUUGUCCUUCUGUGACUGGCUUAUUUCAUUUAGCCUAAGUAUAGACUUAGUCUUCGAGGUUGAUCCAUGUUGUAGCAUGUCUCUUUCCAUCCUUUUUAAGGCUGAAUAACAUUCUUUUGUAUGUAUAAACCACAUUUUGUUUGUUCAUUUAUCCUUCGGUAGACACUUGUGUAGCUUCCAUGCUUUGGCGGUUGUGAAUAAUGCUGCUGUGAAUAUGGAUGUCCAAAUAACUGUUGAGUCUCUGCUUUCUGCUUUCAGUUCUUGUGGAUAUAUACCUAGAUGUGUGAUUGCUGGAUUUUCUAAUCCAUACCCUGUGCUAUAGCCAGAACGGUGUCUUUCAACUUAGAUCAGACCAUGCUGUCUGUUUCUCUCCUACAACUGCAGACACCUUGUAUUGCAUUUAGAGUACAACACAAUCCGGACUUCUUGCCUCGUCCUCCAACCUCAUUUCUGCUUCUUUCCCCUGUCUCUGAGCGCUGGCCAAAAAGACCUGCUCUCUGUGUCUUGAGCAUCCAGGCUCUUGGCAUAUGCUGUUUUUGCACUGCCAUACAGCCCCCAUUCCAAAGACAGCUUUUUUUUGUAUAUGUACUUUAUGUUUCCUUAUAAAUGUCACCUUUGCAGACAGGCUUCCCUGUUUAAGCAUGUCACCUAUUCUCUUUCACAGCAUCUUUCCAAAUAAUUUCAAAGUCGUUCAUUCAGUGUAUAAACACACAUUUAUUUUGUUUUAAAAUGGCUAUCCCCUCUGCCUCACACUACUUGCUGGCAGGAACCACAGUGCACCAGCACCUGCGCACAGAUGGUGGCAGUGAACAGCGAGAGACACCUGCAACCUCCCAGAGCAGCUGGAAAGAGGACUCUUAGAAGAUGUAUUGGCUUGGCAAACUCUUAAAAGUGAAUUAUAUUACUUUGUAUUAUUUCCAUGUGUGUUUAAAAUUUAAUCCAAAUUAAUCUCUCUUUUGAAUUACAUGGUGUGACAAAUCAUUUCAUAUGAUUUAGAGAUCAGGUUUAACCUGAAGACUGAGACAACACUUGGACUCAGUUCAUAUCAACAGAAAAGUAUAUCUCUGUACCGGGGUAAUUGCAGACCUAUACGAUUUGAGCCACCAAUGCUGGAUUUCCAUGAACAACCAGUUGGAAUGCCAAAAAUGGAAAAAGUUUACUUACAUAAUCCUAGUUCUGAAGAAACUAUUACUUUAGUAUCAAUAUCUGCUACAACAUCACAUUUUCAUGCGUCAUUUUUUCAAAAUAGGAAAAUUCUUCCAGGAGGAAACACAUCAUUUGAUGUAGUUUUUCUUGCAAGAGUAGUGGGAAAUGUAGAAAAUACUUUAUUUAUUAACACUUCUAAUCAUGGGGUAUUCACUUACCAGGUAUUUGGUGUUGGAGUUCCAAAUCCAUAUCGAUUGAGGCCAUUCCUUGGGGCCAGAGUCCCUGUGAAUAGCAGUUUCUCACCUAUAAUAAACAUACACAAUCCUCACAGUGAGCCUCUACAGGUUGUAGAAAUGUACUCAAGUGGAGGAGACCUUCACCUCGAACUUCCCACGGGUCAGCAGGGAGGCACUAGGAAGCUAUGGGAAAUUCCUCCUUAUGAAACCAAGGGAGUGAUGAGAGCUAGUUUUUCAUCUCGAGAAGCAGAUAAUCACACAGCCUUCAUAAGGAUAAAGACCAAUGCUUCAGACAGCACAGAGUUUAUCAUUCUUCCUGUUGAGGUGGAAGUUACAACAGCUCCCGGAAUUUAUUCCUCAACUGAAAUGUUAGAUUUUGGUACACUGCGAACACAAGAUCUACCAAAAGUUUUAAAUCUUCAUUUAUUAAACUCGGGAACAAAAGAUGUACCAAUAACAAGUGUUCGACCUACACCACAAAAUGAUGCUAUAACAGUACACUUUAAACCAAUUACAUUAAAAGCUUCAGAAAGUAAAUAUACCAAGGUUGCAAGUAUUAGUUUUGAUGCAUCAAAGGCAAAAAAACCAUCUCAGUUUUCUGGGAAAAUAACUGUUAAAGCAAAGGAGAAGAGUUAUUCUAAACUUGAAAUACCGUAUCAGGCAGAGGUUUUAGAUGGUUAUUUGGGAUUUGAUCACGCUGCAACAUUAUUUCACAUUCGAGACAGUCCUGCUGAUCCUGUGGAAAGGCCAAUUUACCUUACUAACACUUUCAGUUUUGCGAUCCUCAUUCAUGAUGUGUUGCUACCAGAAGAAGCCAAAACAAUGUUUAAAGUUCACAACUUCAGCAAACCAGUCUUAAUUCUUCCAAAUGAAUCAGGAUACAUUUUUACUCUGCUUUUUAUGCCAUCCACAUCAUCCAUGCACAUAGAUAAUAAUAUUUUACUUAUUACCAAUGCCUCCAAGUUUAAUUUACCUGUACGGGUAUAUACAGGCUUUUUAGACUACUUUGUAUUACCCCCCAAAAUAGAAGAACGUUUCAUAGAUUUUGGCAUACUGAGUGCUACAGAAGCAAGUACUAUUUUAUUUGCAAUUAUAAACAGCAAUCCAAUUGAGUUGGCUAUAAAAAGUUGGCAUAUCAUAGGAGAUGGUUUAUCCAUAGAACUCAUAGCUACUGAAAGAGGCAACAGAACUACAAUAAUCUCAAGCCUUCCAGAGUUAGAAAAAUCCUCCUUAUCAGACCAGUCAUCAGUUAUAUUAGCUUCUGGCUACUUUGCAGUGUUUAGAGUCAAACUUACUGCAAAAAACCUGGAAGGUAUUCAUGAUGGAGCCAUACAGAUCACAACAGACUAUGAGAUCCUAACGAUACCCGUGAAGGCUGUGAUCGCAGUGGGUUCUCUGACUUGCUUCCCAAAGCAUAUGGUUCUUCCACCUUCCUUUCCAGGGAAAGUAGUUCAUCAGAGUUUAAACGUUAUGAAUUCCUUCUCACAGAAGGUAAAGAUACAGCAGAUACGAUCUUUGUCAGAAGAUGUGCGAUUUUACUACAAACGAUUACGGGGCAAUAAGGAAGACUUGGAGCCAGGAAAAAAGUCAAAGAUUGCGAACAUUUAUUUUGAUCCUGGACUGCAGUGUGGGGAUCAUUGCUAUGUUGGCUUGCCUUUUCUCUCCAAAUCUGAGCCCAAAGUCCAGCCUGGCGUCGCCAUGCAGGAGGAUACCUGGGAUGCGGACUGGGACCUGCACCAGAGCCUGUUCAAAGGGUGGAUGGGAAUAAAGGAAAACUCAGGUCACAGAUUGAACGCUGUGUUUGAAGUAAAUACAGACCUUCAGAAAAACAUCCUAUCGAAAAUCACUGCUGAGCUCUCCUGGCCAUCGCUCCUCAGCUCACCCCGGCUCGUGAGGUUUCCGCUCACUAAUACAAACUGCUCCUCAGAAGAAGAGAUUACUUUAGAAAAUCCUGCAGAUGUUCCUGUCUACAUUCAGUGUAUUCCUCUGGCUUUAUAUUCCAACCCUUCCAUCUUUGUAGAUAAGUUAAUAUCAAGGUUUAACUUGAGUAAGGUGGCAAAGAUAGAUUUAAGAACCCUAGAAUUCCAAGUCUUCAGAAACAGUGCUCAUCCACUGCAAAGUUCAACAGGAUUUACAGAGGGCCUCUCCCGCCAGUUAGUUUUAAACCUAAUUUUAAAACCCGGAGAAAAGAAAUCCAUCAAAGUAAGGUUUACUCCACUUCACAACAGAACUGUUUCUUCCCUAAUCAUAAUCAGAAAUAACCUGACUGUGAUGGAUGCUGUAAUGGUCCAAGGACAAGGAACAACCGAGAACUUAAGGGUGGCCGGCAAGCUUCCGGGUCCAGGGAGUUCCUUACGCUUUAAAAUCACAGAAGCAUUAUUAAAAGACUGUACAGAUAGUUUGAAACUAAGAGAACCAAAUUUCACAUUGAAAAGAACAUUUAAAGUAGAGAAUACAGGACAACUUCAGAUUCAUGUAGAAACCAUCGAAGUCAGUGGGUACUCCUGUGAGGGAUAUGGCUUUAAAGUUGUCAAUUGUCAAGAGUUUGCACUAAGCGCCAAUGCCUCUAAAGACAUAAUCAUAUUGUUUACUCCUGAUUUCACAGCUUCUAGAGUUAUUCGUGAACUGAAGUUUAUAACAACCAGCGGCUCAGAAUUUGUAUUUGUGUUGAAUGCAUCCCUUCCUUACCAUAUGUUAGCAACCUGUGCAGAAGCCCUGCCCAGGCCCAACUGGGAGCUGGCUCUGUACAUCAUCAUCUCAGGAAUAAUGAGUGCACUAUUUCUUUUGGUAAUUGGAACAGCCUAUUUAGAAGCUCAAGGAAUUUGGGAGCCGUUUCGAAGGCGACUAUCCUUUGAGGCCUCAAACCCACCCUUUGAUGUGGGAAGACCAUUUGAUCUCAGGAGAAUCGUUGGUAUUUCAUCUGAAGGAAACUUGAACACACUCAACUGUGACCCUGGUCACAGUCGGGGGUUCUGCGGAGCAAGCGGCUCAGCAUCCCGACCCGGUGCAGGGGCUCACAAGCAGUGUGGCCCUUCAGGCCACCCACACGGCAGCCACAGCAAUAGAAACUCAGCUGACGUGGAAAACGUCAGGGCCAAAAACAGCGCAAGCACCUCUAGCAGGACUAACGCCCAGUCGGCUAGCAAAGCGAGCCCCCUUGUCUUAGAAUCCAGCACAGUGGCCCAGGGCCACACAGCAGGCAGAAAAUCCAAAGGGGCCAAACAGAGCCAGCACGGCAGCCAGCACCACGCCCAUGGCCCGCUGGAGCAGCAUUCGCCACCGCAGCCGCCACCGCCAGUGCCUCAGCACCAGGAGCCACAGCCUGAGAGGCUGUCCCCCGCACCCCUCGCCCACCCUCCCCACCCAGAACACCCCAGCAGCGCACGGCACAGCUCCGAGGACUCAGACAUCACCAGUCUCAUAGAAGCCAUGGACAAGGACUUCGACCACCACGACUCCCCGCCCCUAGAAGUGUUUACAGAGCAGCCGCCGUCGCCACUGUCCAAAAGCAAAGGGAAGGGAAAGCCUCUUCAGCGUAAGGUGAAGCCACCUAAGAAGCAAGAGGAGAAGGACAAGAAGGGAAGGGGAAAGCCCCAGGAAGACGAGCUGAAGGACGCCCUGGCCGAUGACGACAGCUCCUCCACUACCACAGAGACCUCCAACCCAGACACGGACCCUCUGCUUAAGGAGGCAAGGUUUGGCUCCCCAGUGCUUAAAAACAAGAAGACGAGAAGCUACCAAUUUGUUGCCACCACUUACCCCACCCACCCCAGUCAGGAUGAUACAGAAAAACAAAAGGGAAAACAAGCCAUGCCUGAAAAACAUGAAAACGAAAUGUCUCAAGUGAAACAAAAAAGCAAAAAACUCUUAAAUAUAAAGAAAGAAAUCCCAACAGAUGUGAAACCCAGUUCCUUAGAGCUACCAUACACUGCCCCCUUGGACAGUAAGCAACGUCGAAAUCUCCCAACCAAGAUUCCUCUUCCAACUACGCUGACAAGUGGAUCCAAACCACGGAAUUCCCAGAAAACAAAAGGUACAAAUAAGUUAGUGGAUAACAGGCCACCUGCCCUAGCAAAAUUCCUCCCAAAUAGUCAAGAACUAGGCAACACCAGUAGCUCAGAAGGUGAAAAAGACUCUCCACCACCAGAGUGGGAUUCGGUGCCCGUUCACAAGCCCGGCAGCUCUACCGAUAGUCUUUAUAAACUUUCUCUGCAAACCCUCAACGCAGACAUUUUUCUAAAACAACGCCCGGCCUCACCGCCACCCGCCUCCCCGUCCCCGCCUGCCGCGCCGUGCCUGUUCGCACCCCGGGGUAGCUACAGCAGCAUCGUCAACAGCAGCCCCAGCAGUGACCCUAAAACAAAGCAGCCAAAUGGAAGCAAGCACAAACUGACAAAAGCAGCCUCGCUCCCUGGCAAGAACGGCAACCCCACUUUCGCUGCAGUCACAGCCGGGUACGACAAGAGCCCAGGUGGGAAUGGCUUUGCUAAAGUUUCUUCAAGCAAAACAGAUUUUUCCAGCAGCCUUGGCAUUUCACACACUCCUGUUGACAGUGAUGGCUCGGACAGCUCGGGUCUGUGGAGUCCCGUCAGCAACCCCAGCAGCCCUGACUUCACCCCCCUCAAUUCCUUCUCGGCCUUUGGAAAUUCUUUCAACCUAACUGGCGAAGUUUUUAGCAAGCUCGGGUUACCGCGAUCAUGCAAUCAGCCCUCACCAGGGAGCUGGAACGAGCUCAGCAGUGGCCCCUCGUACUUUUGGGACUCUCCAGCGACAGAGCCAAGCCCUUCCUGGCCAGCCAGCUCCAGCUCCCCGACCCAUACAGCCACAUCAAUCCUUGGCAACACCAGCGGCCUGUGGUCCACCACACCAUUCAGCAGCUCCAUCUGGUCCAGCAACCUGAACAGCAGCCUCCCCUUCACCAGCCCUGCCAACACGCUAACGAGCAUCGGCCUCAUGGGCCCGGAGAACUCAGCUCCUCACGCUCCCUCCACCACCAGCCCCGCUGACGACCUGGGCCAGACCUACAACCCCUGGAGGAUAUGGAGCCCCACGAUCGGGAGGAGGAGCUCUGACCCAUGGUCUAAUUCGCACUUCCCUCAUGAGAAUUGAGAUUAGGCAACAAAAUCAAAAUAAAAAAGUGGGGGCCCCUUGUCUAGAUCAUGAUGUGCAAGUUUUUGAGACAUCUUUCUAAGGCUUCCCAGUCCCCACCCUCCUCAUCUUUGCAGAAUAGACUCAAGCAGGGCAGGCUUGUACCACUAUGCUUCUUUCAGAUCUUUCUUGCAAUUAUGAUAAUAUGAGAUUUGCUGUUGUGCUUUUAGAGAAAAGUCUGGACUCAGCCACAAACUCUGAUAAGACCUGUACAUCUGAAAAUCUUAACUGUUACCACGUUUCCACCACCUGUCUUCUCCCAUUCUUUGUUUAUCUGUAUGAACACAAAUUUGACAUUACAGCUAAGGAAAUAACUUGAGUUGAAUCAGAAGUCCUGGCAUGUGACAAUUUUAUUAAAUUACCAAGUUUGGUUUUUAAUAAUUUUGCAACAUUAUGCGCCAAGAUCUAAUUUUAAAACUGUAUGAGGACUUUGUGCUGAAAAAUACAGAGUAUUUUUUUAAAAUAAGGCUAUCUUGGUUUAAAAGCAGAUAACAGAAAUGUAAGUCAACUUUAAGAACAGUGAAUGAAUGUAAAAACAUUCGGUUGAGACCAUAUGCAUUUUCUGUGCUGUUUGUACUUGAGGUAUGUAACAUUUGUAUACCUGAAUUUAUUUUAAAGAUAAACUGAAAUGCACAUAGCCAAGUCUUGAGAUACAAGAUUGAAUGUGUAUUUCUUAAAAAUACAACUUUGUGUUGUACUUUGAAAUAAAUGAUGCUUUUUUCAAAAGCC